GCCAACACCCCUCCGGCGCUGCCUGGCCUGCGGUCCCCUUCACCCGGGCACGGUGGCUGCCGGAGCUGAGCGAUGGAUUCCUUCUGCUUCAUCUGCUUCCAAAAAGAGGAGCUGCAGCCCCUGCACCUGCACAGCGCAGCCAUGAGCGCGGGUUCGAUUGAGCAAGAGCCGUCGCGCAAGCUGGCCUGCUGCGGGGUGCCCCUCAUCACCGAGGACAUGCAGUCCCUGGCCAUCCGCACCCUCUCGGGCACCGACAUCAGCAAGCACUACGACCUCAUCCGCGAGCUCGGCAAGGGCACCUACGGCAAGGUGGACCUGGUGUCCCACAAAAGCACAGGCACCAAGAUGGCCCUGAAGUUCGUUAACAAGAGCAAGACGAAGCUGAAGAACUUCCUGCGGGAGUUCAGCAUCACCAACACCCUCUCCUCCAGCCCCUUCAUCAUCAAGGUCUUCGACGUGGUCUUCGAGACCGAGGACUGCUAUGUCUUCGCUCAGGAGUAUGCCCCCGGCGGGGACCUCUUCGACAUCAUCCCGCCGCAGGUGGGGCUCCCCGAGGAGCUGGUGAAGCGCUGCGUGCAGCAGCUGGGCCUGGCCCUCGACUACAUGCACAGCAAGAGCCUGGUGCACCGGGACAUCAAACCGGAGAACGUCCUGCUCUUCGACCGCGACUGCCGCCGCGUCAAACUGGCCGACUUCGGCAUGACCCGCAAGGUGGGCUGCCGGGUCAAGCGCAUCAGCGGCACCAUCCCCUACACGGCGCCCGAGGUCUGCCAAGCCGGUCGGGCGGAGGGCUUCGCCGUGGACACCAGCAUCGACGUCUGGGCUUUCGGGGUGCUCAUCUUCUGUGUCCUCACCGGUAACUUCCCCUGGGAGGCGGCGGCGGCUUCCGACGCCUUCUUCGAGGAGUUUGUGCGGUGGCAGAAGGGGCGGCUGGGGGGGCUGCCCUCGCAGUGGCGGCGCUUCACGGACAGCGCCCUGCGCAUGUUCCAGCGCCUGCUGGCCCUCGACCCCGAGAAGCGCUGCCCCGUCAAGGAGGUCUUCUACUUCAUCAAGUGCGACCUGAUGGCCGAGGUGCGGCGCCGACCCUCCUACCGCUCCCGCAAGCAUGCCGGGGACAAGCUCCCGGCCGGUCCCCAUCGCCACGAGGCGGCCGGCUCCUGCACCCCCGCCCCGCUCAAGAGGACCGUCCUGACCGAAGGGAGCGGACCCCGCGGCUCCGAGCCGAGCGCGGCCCCCCCGGGGACGGCGAGCAGGACAGACGGACGGCAGGACAAAGGCAAAGGGCAGAUGGUCCUGGCCACAGCAAUAGAGAUCUGCGUCUGACGGCGCUGGGGUGGCACACGGCGGCCACCCGUCCUGUUCCCGUCCCCCACCCCGGGGACAGGGAUCGGGGGUGUUGCUCAUGGUGGUGGCACGAGCCGGGACCAGGCUCCGGGUCUCCCAAAGCAAAAAAAGAAAAGGAACAAAAACGAAGAGGAAAAGGACAAAACUGGUUGCGCUCCGUAGCGCCGUGG